AUGAAGAGAUUACUUAAACAAUUGACAAAAACUUUGAUAAUUUUGGUAAUUAUUCCAUUUAUAAACCAAUUUCCAACUAUAUUAUCCAUUUUCUCCAAUUUCAAUAAUAUUAAACAAUCACACGACGAUACUAGUAAUACAAUUCUAAUUUAUAACAACAAAUUAAUUAUCUUUAUAUUUCUUGCAAUCUUCAAUCAUUUUACACCUGUUUUUAACCCAAUUGUUUGUAUAUUAACUAAUAACCCGUACAAAGAAGCUGUUUUAAAUCGUUUAAGAAUACAUCCACAAUAA